CAUCAGGCAUCGGGGCUGUUCAUGCUAGUAGCUAUGCCUGUUUCUUUGGGCCACCUCCGAUGUGAUUUGUAAACAGACUGUGUGUGAGGUCCAACCAUGUCUGAACUGUUUAUGGAAUGUGAGGAGGAGGAGUUGGAGCCAUGGCAAAGGGCAAUACCGGAAAUCAGUUUGCUUGAUGAUGACGAUGAUGACGAACCAAUAUUCGUCGGGGAAAUCUGCAGUUCCAAGCCGACUCCUAACAUCAGAACAGGUGUUGGCUAUCAGCGUAACCCACCAAAUGUCACGUUCCAACGGGUCACAUCGUUGACUUCACCCCAAAAGGCUCAUCAGGCUCAGCUAAACUCUGCCAAACAGUCUCCAGCACCUCAACUCACUGUCCGAGGUUCAUCACAGCCAGUCUUCAUCCCCGUCAGCUCCCAGUCAGCACCACUGCAGUCUGGACCCAAAUUACUAAACACCGUAUCUCCUCAGCCCAUCAUCAUCAAUAAUCAGGGUUAUAUAGUGGCAUCACCACAAAACCUCAACAAUAAUAACUCCUCGUUCGUCACAUCCAUGGGCUCUCAGUAUCCACAAGGAACAUCAUUCACUGUUGUGCCAGCAGGUCAGCCGAUGGUGCAGCAGGUAGCUUCACCGCCUAAACCAGUGCCAGGUGUCAUCCACCGGCCCCAAGUGCAGUUAAUCCAAAACAACGUGGUGACGCUGUCCAACGUCCAGGGCCCUGCUGACAUCUCUAGCCAGUCUCACUCCAGUGCCAGCCCACACACUGUCCAGCACAGCCCUCAAAGCAAAUCCAGCUCGGUGAGCUCGUCGAAACACAUCCCACCUACUCUACAAGCAGUGAACAACCGAGAUAACGGAAAAAUGAAACGCAACGCCCUGCCUGACUCGAACAACGGCACAUCUAAAAGAACCAAAAUCGACAUGGAGAACGAGACCCCUUUGACGAGGAAGUGUCCCAAAUGUCACAUUCACUUUAACUUGAUGGACCCUUUAAAAACUCACAUGCAGAGCUGCUGCCCAAACCUACUGGACACAAUUCUCCCUUCAACCUCGAAGACAGACCGAGCUGCGAUGCCAGUGCGAAUUUAUGAAACGGAGCGAGGGAAGAUCAUCAUGCUGGUGUCUGAGUUUUACUACGGGAAAUGCGAGGGUGAUCAGUCUGCUGCCCGGGAACAGAAGUCCAACACGACGUUCAAGUGCAACAGUUGUUUGAAAAUCCUCAAGAACAACAUUAGGUUCAUGAAUCACAUGAAGCAUCAUCUGGAGCUGGAGAAGCAGAACAGUGAGAGUUGGGAGAGUCACACGACGUGUCAGCACUGUUACCGACAGUAUUCCACGCCGUUCCAGCUGCAGUGCCACAUAGAAAGCGCCCACAGCCCCUACGAAUCCACCACUAAUUGUAAGAUUUGUGAAUUGGCCUUUGAGACAGAACAAGUGCUGUUGGAACACAUGAAGGACAAUCACAAACCGGGAGAGAUGCCGUAUGGCUGUCAGGUCUGCAACUACAGAUCGUCAUUCUUCUCAGAUGUAGAGAACCAUUUCCGCACCGUCCACGAAAACACUAAAGACCUCCUCUGUCCUUUCUGCCUUAAAGUCCUGCGCAGUGCCCAUAUGUACAUGCAGCAUUACAUGAAACACCAGAAAAAAGGAAUUCAGCGCUGCGGAAAGUGCAGGCUGAAUUUUCUCACCUACAAAGAGAAAGUGGAACACAAAGCGCUUCAUCAUCGGACGUAUAAAAAGCCAAAAAGCCUUGAAGGACUUCCUCCAGGAACGAAGGUGACAAUCCGAGCUUCACUCAGUGGAGGAUCUACGAUGUGUCCCUCUGCUCCUGGCAAGUCAUACGUCAACCUCGUCCCCACGAGCCCUGAGACGGUCAAACCGACUGGUCACAAGUCCAACUCCAACAUGGGAAGGAUGAGGACAAACCAGAGCAAUAAGAACCGCACGUCCUUACCCAACACUGAGCUCAGAGGCUUGAAACUUGUACCUGGAGUGCACAAAUGCAUCGAGUGUCAAAAUGAAGUGACCGAACCAUACAGCCAUUACCCGAUAUCACUGAAAUGUUUUGUAUGCAAGUACCGGACGAGCUGUCAGAAGGCUUUCAGGCAACAUAGGCAGAGGUUUCACAGCAGCUCCUCAAAACUGCGAUUGAGCAAGGUGAAUCGGCCCCUGCGUGGUGUACGGAGUCUGACUCUUGUUUGUUUGAACUGCGAGUUCUUGGCCGACGCAGCCGAUACGAACCGCAUGUGCGAGCACCUAAUCAGCAGACCCAACCACAGCUGCCAGGUCAUUUUAGAGACAGAUGCAGAUUUGACACCGGAGAGGUCGACUCUUUCUGACACUGAUAAGGUUGAGGCCCAAAGUCCAAAAGCAGAAGUGAGCAGUCCUGACAAUUCUGAGGAACCUUUGGUUUCAACCUCCCAAGUAUCCUCUGUGAAAUCAGGGCUGAAUGAAAUGGAGCCUCUGAACAUUGCUAAUGUGUGGAGCGAAGAACACGUCUCUGAGCCGGCUAAAAAAGAGCUGACGCCGACACAGACUGUUCAAGAAGCCGAAGAAGAGAAGACAGGCCCUGAAAGCAUGGAUCCUCCAGCCGAGAACGGCGCAGCGAGGACAGAACCCGAGAGCACGGCUGCUCCCGUCAGCCCCUGCAACCCGAUCGAAAACGGAGGCGGAGUGAGCGCAGACGACUUCCUGAAUAAAGGCGACAAAGCAGAGUCUGUAAGUGUGCACCCCCUGCUGGAGCCUCUCACUCCAUCCAAGGUCCUCGAAGCCAACGAAGCCGAGAAUGGGCCAGAACCGAAGAAGGACCUUUCACCUAACUGUAAAAGAGACAUUGAGGAGGAGGUGGAAGAGGAGACCUCAGGUCCGAUAAGCACCUAGAAAACUUUAGCGUCAGACUAGCAUAGGACAAAAACACCUCCAUUUUUACUUUUACAUAUUUUUUAAUCUAGCUAUAAAACUUACUUAACUGUUGUUACUUAAUGUAAUAUUUCCAGUGAUCAUCUAUUGGAACUGAAAAGAAAAAAAAAAAAACGCUGUUUGUGAUGAAACUUGAAUAAAGGAGGAUUGAUCGUGUUACUGUGCUCCAGUACAAAGUAUUGCCUUCUGAAAUGGGCCAUGAUUCUUUAGAGAAGACUGUGAAAUGACCUGUUUAUCAUAAUCAGCAUUGCUUUUUACUCAUGUAAUACCAUGACCUGGCACACAAGAAACCUGAAUUAUUGGAUCUCGGCUUUUCGGGAAGACCGUGUGUGUGUGUGUGUGUGUCGGUGCACUGUAUUACACCAUGGUCCACCUGACUGGCAAAACACCCCUUCUCAAAGAGCUUUAUUGUUUUCAGUGUAAAAUUUUCUUUUAUAUACUACUUUUAACUAGGAAAAGGAGGUUCUAUCAGUAUCCGUUACACUGUUAGUUAUUCAUGCUGGACAAAGGCUCAGUGGGGUUUAGAGGAAAGGCUCCAUCAAAUGUCUUCAUUCAAAUUAAAGCAAAUAAAGAUGAACUUUUCUUUUA